AGCUCACAAUGCAGGAAGUCAACUGGUCCACCGUGACAGAAUUCAUUUUAUUGGGCUUCACCCCUGACCCCAGGACCAAUCCUCUGCUCUUCACUUUCUUUUUAGUCUUUUACCUGUUGAUCCUCGUGAGCAACAGUCUCCUCAUUACACUCAUCCACCAGGACUCACGUCUCCACACACCCAUGUACUUUUUCAUCGGCGUCCUCUCCAUGCUGGACGUGUGCUAUACCACCACCACUGUGCCCCAGAUGCUGGUGCAUAUUCUCAGCAAGAAGAGGGCCAUCUCCUUCACAAGAUGUGUGGCCCAGAUGUACAUCUUUCUCCUUUUUGGGGUCACUGAGUCCUGGCUUUUCUCCAUCAUGUCUGUGGACAGGUAUGUGGCCAUCUGCCACCCACUCAGGUACAAGGUCAUCAUGAGCCGUGGGAUGUGUCUCCUAAUGGUGGGUAUCUGUGCCACUUACGGUGUAGUGGGUGGCCUGUGCUAUACUUUCUUCGCUAUGCGACUGCCCUAUUGUGGUCCUAAUGAAAUUGAUCACUACUUCUGUGAGGUCCCUGCUGUUCUGAAGUUAGCCUGUGCCGACACAUCCCUCAACGACCUGGUGGACUUCAUCACAGGCUUCAAUGUCAUUGUGGUCCCACUCUCCCUCAUUGGCAUUGUCUAUGCCAACAUCUUCACCACCAUCAUGAAGAUCCACUCAACCCAGGGAAGGAUCAAGGCCUUUUCCACCUGUGCCUCCCACAUCACUGUGGUCACCAUGUUCGCCAUCCCAUGUAUCAUCAUGUACAUGAGUCCUGGCUCUGGCUCCUUAUCAAACAGUGGCAAGAAAAUGGCCCUCUUCUACAACAUCGCCACGGCCUUCCUCAACCCUGUCAUCUAUAGUCUGAGGAACAAGGAUGUGAAAAGGGCCUUCCUCAAAGUGGUGGGAUGGAGUGGGGCUCCGGAAUGAAACUUUAAAGCUAAGUGUCUG